AACGGGGCGUGAGCAUUGCGCGUCCGGAGCCUUUGUGUUUCAGCUCUAAUAUCUCACAUAUCAAUAAUUCAGUGCGCAAGCAGACGGACCCCGCGCUAUGUAUUCAACUGCGCUUCAACUCGACAAGGGCCUCGUACCGCUCUCGACUGGUUAUUCGAUUACGGAGUGAGACAAGAAGGCGGGGAGGCUUGAGCUGAGAGGGGAAAAAUAAGUUUACACGUGGAACGACUGGGUAAAGGGGACUCUCCAUGAUUUAAAAAAAAGAAACGGGAAAACCAAACCUGUCUUUGACCUUUCCAAAAUUUAGAAAUACACAAGGAUAGCUAUAAUUCAAGAAAGCUAAAGGAGUUUGUCAUUUCGAAAGACUGCAUUCUGUCGAACAUAAUAAGAAUAGCAGGAUACAGCCACGAAGUGCAGAGUGAAGUUGCCAUAAUGUUGACGGUAUUACUGGGUGCAGUGUGGCUAGUGACUCUAGUGAACGCUCAGAACGAGACGGAACCCAUCGUGCUCGAAGGGAAAUGUCUGGUCGUUUGCGAUUCCAACCCAACUUCGGAUCCCACUGGGACUGCUCUCGGGAUAUCGGUGCGCUCCGGGAGCGCCAAAGUGGCUUUUUCAGCUGUGAGAAAUACCAACCAUGAGCCUUCGGAGAUGAGUAACCGGACUAUGGUCAUCUACUUUGACCAGAUACUUGUAAACGUUGGUAAGAAUUUCGAUGAGGAACGGAGCAAUUUCAUCUCCCCGCGCAAAGGGAUUUACAGUUUUAAUUUCCACGUGGUCAAAGUGUAUAAUCGCCAAACGAUCCAGGUGAGCCUAAUGCAUAACGGAUGGCCUGUGAUCUCGGCCUUCGCUGGGGACCAGGAUGUGACUCGUGAGGCUGCCAGUAACGGAGUGCUGAUCCAAAUGGAGAAGGGGGACCGAGCCUACCUCAAACUGGAGAGAGGAAACCUCAUGGGGGGCUGGAAGUACUCCACAUUCUCUGGGUUCCUGGUCUUCCCCAUGUAGAAGACAAGGAGACUGGAGGGACUAAUGCUUCUCAGCUCGGCGGCUUGGGAGACUGUGGAGUGAGAGAGAGGAUAAAAGAUAGAGGAAGAGAGAGAGAUAUGGGAGAGGAAGUUAAAGAGAUGUGUAAGGUAUAAUUAGGCAGGGCAGGCUCUCCAACACACUCACUCACUCCGCUGCCUGACUACAGCUCUGGACAGCCAAAACUUUUUUAUCCUCAGAAAUAUUAUAAUUUAAAAACAUUAAAGAGAGUAAAAACUAUAGGCCAAGUCCACCCCUUCCCUCACAUCAUCUCUUUCUGCAUCUGCUUUGAGGAAUGUCUCUGUAUUACCUACAGUGUCAAAGAGCUGCAUCGACCAUGUUUCCACAUACCGUAUGGCCAUGCAUCCCCACCCAUUUUCUGUGACUCCAUUUUUAAAUUCUAUACGUCUGUGUACAGUCCGACAAUACAUUUUCUACAUCCCUUCCACCACUGUCAUUACAAGUCCAAGCAGAUACUGUACUGUACCAUUGCGUCCUCUUCACUCAUCACUCCUCCCAUCCCCUGGUCUUCACAUAUAUUGAUCCUCUGUUCAAUACUCCUCCUCUCCUGUCCUGUUGUGUUAUCCUCCACUCUGCUGCUCUUCUUUCUAGCCUUCUCCUCCCAGUAAAGAUGUCCCUGCUUUGUCUUGGUUGGAGGAUUGCUGAAACUCUAAAAGACUCUAGCUGUAUACUGAAUAUAUAUAUAUAUAUAUAUAUAUAUAUAUAUAUAUAUAUAUAUAUAUAUAUAUAUAUAUAUAUAUAUAAAUUCUGAAAGUUUCUAUAUGAUAUAAUCUAUGAUUAACAGAAUCUGGUUGAAUAUCGUAUUUCCGUAUUUCAAUGUUAACAUUUUGUGAUUGUGUGUGGAUUAUGAGGCUGCCCUUAAGUACUGAUGCU